GGCUGACUAUUACUGAUAAGAAAGUUCUCUCAGUGAAAAAUUCCGAUUGUGCUGUUCAGCACUGAUAGAAAGAUAAACUCAAAAAGAAUGAUUGCAUUUUCAAGCAUUGCGUUCGUUGUAGCUAUUAUUCACACCUGCUACGGUACGUGUCGAGACCAGAUUCCGGAUUGUGCUGAAUACACAAAAACUGCCUGUCAGGCACCCUACGACACGUGGGCCCGAACAAACUGCCCGCUCUUCUGUGGAUUCUGUUCUCCCACUUGCAGUGACUCAAUUUCUGACUGUUCGGAAUAUGGGAAGUCGGCUUGUGUGGCACCAUAUCUAACGUGGGCCAAGACCAACUGUGCCAGUUACUGUGGGCUUUGUAGUUCAACUGCGAACUCUGUCACUACAACGGAGGUCCCGACAACAACAACCACAGAGGCUAGCCUUACAGUUAAAGGUUGUGUUUAUAAAGGACAACAACAUUCUGUUGGUGAAACAUGGCUGGAUGGUUGUGACUAUAGAUGCACGUGCGCUAGUCCCGGUCUUACGCAAUGCACACAACCAUGCGCCCAGUACUCUAAUUUACCCUCCAAUUGUCGCGAGGAGACGAUACCUGGGGAAUGCUGUAAACAGAUCACGUGUGCUGUUAACGGGACUUCGUCUGCUCCUGAUAUAUCAUUGGACAAGGGAUGUCUGUACAAAAACAAGACCUAUGCUAAGAGUCAGACUUGGAUGGAUGGAUGUGAUUACAGAUGUACAUGUGAGAGGAAUGACAUCGUGCAGUGCAUCACACCGUGUUUGACCUACCUAAACCUCCCUUCCUCGUGUCAUUACGAAACAGUUCCUGGAGAUUGCUGCAAGAAGGUUGUAUGUUCUGUAACAGGAAACGAGAUAUCGGGAGGGAUCAAUAAGUGUGAGUACAAGAACAAGACGUACUCUGUGGGGGAGGUCUGGCAGGACGGGUGUGUCUACAACUGCACGUGUCUGGACGGACUGACCACGCACUGUGCAUCGAUGUGUAAUGAGUUCCAGCAUCUCCCAUCAAGCUGUCAUUAUGAAGUGGUUCCUGGGGAAUGCUGCAGGAAGUUAGUUUGUGUCAACACUACAGCAAAUUCAUUUAUAGAUCGCGGAGGCUGUACAUACAGAUCCCGGAAAUACCAGUCAGGGGAGACUUGGCAAGACGGCUGCGCCAUUACGUGCACGUGUCUAGACAGCAGAUCGGGGCAGUAUGACUGUAAAAGCACAUGCCCGAAUAUCCAGCUAGCUGAUGGUUGUUCCCUGGUCAAGAGAGCCGGAAAUUGCUGUCCAGAGUCUGUAUGUGAUUUGCCCAAUGUUAAUACGACGCAUAUCUUAUCAAGUGACUUCCAAGGAUGUGUUUACAAAGACGGGUCCAUCUACCAGUUAAGGGAUACGUGGUAUGACGGUUGUCAAUGGAAAUGCUCCUGUGAGCGUAAGGCGUUCUACAACUGUGAAAGCAGAUGCAUGGGGUUCCACUUGCCGUCCCAGUGUACGCUAGAAGCCCCUCCCGCUGGAAAAUGCUGCAAGGUUCCAAAAUGUCCGCCAAACUACAUCAUCAAUCUUCCGCCCGGAUAUGUACAAGAGUAGUAGGAGUAUCCGCGUGACUCAAGUUUGAAUGUUUAUCAGUAUACAUGUACUAGAAUAUGUCUUUAUAAAAUUGUAUAGUUAAGCAAAGGAGUAUUUUAAAGUAAAAUAUCAAAAAACUUU